GGUCAAAGUUUUGUACAUCCGCGGAAAGCGUUUUCUCCUUCGUCUUCGCUGCUGUCGUCGCCGACCCCGCCGAGCCGAGAUUGAGAGGAAUCUCUAAAGGCAGGGGAACCUCCCCUCUUUCGGAGAUCUCUCCAGAGAUCCAGAUCCGGAGGCAUGGCGAUGGCGGCACGGAGGCUGAAGGAUCUUCAGGCGCAGCCAGGGAACAAGACGUGCGUGGAUUGUGCCCAGAGGAACCCUCAGUGGGCGUCGGUGUCCUAUGGCGUUUUCAUGUGCCUUGAGUGCUCUGGCAAGCACCGCGGCCUUGGGGUGCAUAUCAGCUUCGUCCGUUCUGUUAGUAUGGAUUCCUGGUCGGAGAUCCAGCUUAAGAAGAUGGAGGCUGGAGGCAAUGAUCGCUUCAACGCUUUCCUCGCUGGGUAUGGCGUCUCCAAAGAGACGGACAUCGUUUCCAAGUAUAAUACCAGCGCCGCUGGAGUUUAUCGAGAUCGGAUACAGGCCCUUGCUGAGGGUCGGACGUGGCGGGAUCCUCCCGUCGUUAAGGAAACCCUCAAGGCUGCUGGUAAGCCUCCGAUCAGUAAUCAUGGUUCUUCCAAGAACGGAGGGUGGGAUAGCUGGGAUGGCGAUGAAUUCCAACCUUCGGAUAUGAAGAGGAAUCAGACUGUGGGCGACUUCAGAGCUGGGAACGGCGGGAGGGGAACAGGAGAACAUCCGACGAGAUCCAGGUCGACGCAGGACCUCUACACGAGAUCGCAGCUAGAGACAUCCGCAGCGAACAAGGAGAGCUUCUUCGAGAGAAAGAUGGCAGAGAAUAACUCGCGGCCAGAGGGACUCCCACCGUCUCAGGGUGGGAAGUAUGUGGGCUUUGGAUCAACACCGCCGCCAUCGGCUCAGAGGAAUACUUCUCAAGGCGAUAUGUUCUCUGUUGUUUCUCAGGGUUUUGGCAGAUUAUCCCUGGUUGCAGCAUCUGCUGCUCAGUCAGCUGCUACUGCCGUCCAAGCGGGUACAAAGGAACUGACAGCCAAGGUUAAAGAAGGCGGCUAUGAUCAUAAGGUGAAUGAAACAGUGACUGUUGUGACUUCAAAAACCAACGAAAUUGGUCAGAAGACUUGGGGAAUCAUGAAAGGUGUUAUGGCAAUGGCAUCUCAGAAGAUUGAAGAAUACACAAAGGAAGGUAUUAACUGGAAAGAAGAUGAUUGGCAACAAAGCGGAGCAGAGAGACAUGGUCACUAUCAGGAGUAUAGCAGGCAAAGCGGUAAUGAGUCGAACCCUUCCGUAGAUAAUUCAAACAGGAAACACAGUGCUGGUGGUUCCUGGGAUGAUUGGGAUGAAAAGGAAAAGGCCAAGCCUUCUAAUAAAAGCACACCAAGCAGUGAUAGCUGGGCAGGAUGGGACGAUGUGAAGGAUGAAGAUGGCUAUGAGAGCUACAACCACAUUUCAUCAAAUGAGGGUGUGAAUCAGAAUGGGAAAUCAAGUUCAGCGUGGACAGAAGGUGGCUUCCGUUAGCUUUUCAUAAUUUGUUUUAUUUGUUAUUGUUAAAGAGAAUCGGAUAUUUUUAUAUUUGUUAGGCAAGUUGGAACUUGUUAUUUGUUACUAUUUCUUGUUGGAAUGCUGCCAAAAUUAUAUGCUCUCAUUUGCUGGCCUUGUUAUAAUGCAAUUUGAAAGUUCA